UGGAUGGCUCUGUUUCUCCCAGAGUUGACGUCUGAUGUGGGUUAUAAAUCCUGCUGUGUAAACGUCCGUCCACUCAUUCGGCAAACACUCCUGUACCCGCCCUUCCCGGGAGCCACAGGGUGGAGGGUGUGGACCCGCCCGGCCCUUCAGGGCCAGAAGGCACCAGGGGGCCAGUCUGCAUUCCGCCACGAACCGGACCCGCUGGUCUGAGCAGCUGGGUGAGCCCGGAGGUCUCCAGCACAUACGAGGAAGGUCAAGGCCAAGACCCCGGAGGAGAUGGACCGUGUGACCAGAUACCCCAUCCUGGGCAUCCCGCAGGCACACCGCGCCACCGGCCUGGCGCUGGAGGGAGACACCAGCCACACGUACCACCUGGUGUGCUCCGGCCCCGAGGCCAGCGGCUGGGGCCAGGACGAGCCUCAGGCCUGGCCCGCCGACCACAAGGCCCAGCCGGGCGUGGCCAGGCAGGUGCUCUACAGCACGCACGCCCGCCCUGGCUGGCCGUCCCCACGGGGGCCCCACCUGGAGAACGGGGAGGACAAGGAUUCGCAGGUUUACCGCCUGGGCGCCAGGGAGGCCCAGCAGGGACGCCCAGCCCGGGCCCGCCACCUGGAGAACGGGGAGGAUGAGGAGAUGAAGGCUUUCCACCUGGGCGCCAGGGAGGCCAGCCCCAGGAGGCCGUGGGACCUGGAGCGGGAGCGCUGGGCCGUCAUCCAGGGCCAGGCUAUCAGGAAAAGCGGCACCGUGGCCACGCUCCAGGCCACCCCUGACCACGGAGAGCCCAGGAUCCCCGGCCCACCUCGGUCCACGCCCCUGGAGGACAACAUGGUUGACACGGAGCAGAUUGACUUCCUGGCAGCGAGGCAGCAGUUCCUAAGUCUGGAGCAGGUGAACAAGGAGGUUCCCCAUAGCUCCCCAGCCAGGGGGGACCCUGCAGGGACAGCCCCAGGGAUCAGCCAGGCCCCCAAGACCCUCCACAAGCCCCACCUGGCCAACGGGCACGUAGUCGCCAUCAAGCCCCAGGUGAAGGGGGUGGUCAGGGAAGAGAAAAGGGUGCAAGGUGUGCCCACCUGGGCCACUGCCCACGCUGUGAAUGUCCCUGGCUCCCUGGCGCCAGUGGAGUCCCCGGAGACCCCCAGGGAGACCCCCAUCGAGCGGGAGAUCCGACUGGCUCAGGAGCGUGAGGCGGACCUGCGAAAGCAGAGGGGGCUUCAGCGGGCGGCCGACCACCAGGAGAUGGUGGAAAUCCCCACCCGGCCGCUGCUGACCAAGGCGAGCCUGACCACAGCCCCAAGGCGGGAUAGAGGGCACCCGUCCCUGUACGUGCAGCGGGACAUGGUACAGGAGACGCAGCGCCAGGAAGACCACCGGCGGGAGGGCCUGCAGCUGGGCCGGGCGUCCACACCCGACUGGGACCCCGAGGAUGCCCAGCCUGGCCUCCGGAGAGCUCUCAGCUCGGACUCCAUCCUCAGCCCGGCCCCAGACGCCCGCGCGGCUGACCCAGCUCCAGAAGUGAGGAAGGUGAACCGCAUCCCGCCUGAUGCCUACCAGCCGUACCUGAGCCCCGGGACCCCCCAGUUAGAAUUCUCAGCCUCUGGCGCAUCCGGCAAGCCCGGCAGUCUCUCCACCAUUGAGGCCAAGGCUUCCACGACACCAAAGGCCACGAUGUCCCCGAGGCAUCUCUCAGAAUCCUCUGGAAGACCCCUGAGCACAAAGCAAGAGCACUUGAAGUCCCCUGGGGGACCCCUGCGAGCAGACGGGGGUGUCGUGCGGUGGGAGUACUUCCGUCUGCGUCCUCUGCGGUUCAGGGCCCCAGACGUGCCCCAGCAGGCCCAAGUCCCCGCCGUCUGGGGCUGGGAGGUGGCCGGGGCCCCGGCGCUGAGGCUUCAGAGGUCCCAGUCGUCCGAUCUGCUGGAGAGGGAGGUGGAGAGCGUCCUUCGCCGGGAGCGAGAGGUGGCAGAGGAGCGGAGGAAUGCCCUCUUCCCAGAGGUCUUCUCCCCAACGCCAGAUGACAGCUGCGAUGAGGGUUCCAGGAGCUCCUCCCAGGCGUCCGGCAUCACGGGCAGCUACUCAGUGUCUGAGUCUCCGUUCUUCACCCCCAUCCACCUGCACUCAACCCUGGCGUGGACGGCAGAAGAUCCAGGUGACAGCGCUUCUCCCGGGCAGAGAAGGAAGGAGCAGUGGGUGAGUCUGGAGCCGGGUCCGCAGAGACCAGGCUGAGGUCACACAGCCCCCGUAGGGCCCCGGGAGGCUCC